AGGCGAGGUUUUGCCAUGUUGGCCAGGCUGAUUUCGAACUCUUGGACUCAAGUGAUCCGCCCACGUCAGCCUUCCAAAGUGCUGGGAUUACAGGCGUGAGCCACUGCACCUGGCCCAUUUUUAAAAUUAUGCACAAACGUUAAAUAUCCUUUAGAUUUUUGCAUAAUUUAGCAUACCUUACUGAUGUCCUUAGCAAAAAUUUCCAGAACCAUAUUUUAGUGCGUUGCAUGGUAACCCCACAAAAGAUAUGUUCAUGUCCUAAUCCCCAGAAUCUGCAAAUGUUAUUUGGAAAAAGGGGUUUUGCAGAUGUAAUUAAGUUAAGAAUCUUGAGAUAAGAUCAUCCUGGAUUAUCCAGGUAGCCUCAAAAUCAAGUGACAAGUGUCUUUGUAAGGGACAAGUAGACACAUUACAGAGAAGACGACACGCAGAAAAGGAGGAAGCAGUGUGCUCAUGGAGGCAGAGAUUGGAGUGAUGUAACCGCAAGCCAAGGAAUGCUUAUAGUCACCAGAAGCUGGAAGAGUCAAAGGACAGAUUCUCCCCUCGAGCCCCAGUGGGAGCACGGCCCAGCUGGAUUUUGGACUUCUGGCCUCCAGAACUGUAAGAGAAAUGUCCAUUGUCUUAAGCCAACCAGUUUGUGGUAGUUUGUUACAGCAGCCACAGGAAACUACUAUACAGUCAAAAGUCUUCAGUAAACCAAAAAUCUCUAAUUAUCGUUGUUUUAUAUCAUGUGCUAUGACGAUCAGAGACUAAACAGCCCUUUCGUUAGAAUUCUAAUUCUGAGAAAUAUCAGAGGAAGUGUUUUAAUACCCUCCAGUCUCAACAGGAAUCGAUUAUAUCUUAUAAGAUACAUUUUGUUAUUUUUGCUUGUAUCGUUUCUUUCUUCUCCUAACUUGCUCCUUCUUUGCUCUUUGUAUACUUUUUAAGAUGUAGUUGACAUGGGGGAGGGGAAUGAGUAAAACACUAGUAGGAUAGACCAACAGGUUUUGUCUUCUUUAAAGUGUAAUUCCUCCAUGAUCCCCCUUCCACCUUUUCUGUCUCCUUUACUGGAUUCGCCUCUUCUCCCCUACGUCUUAAUGUUGGGAUGCUACAGGCCUCAUUCCCUACUCUUUAGUAUUUACUUUUUGGUGAUUUCAUCUGUGUUCACGAUUUUACAUACCAUCCAAAUAACAGCAACUCCAAAAUUUACAUCUCUAGGCUUUACUUUUUUCCUAAACUCUGGGCUUGUCAAACGGGUGUUUGGAUAUACAUCUCCACCUAGGUAUAAGAGAUAUCUCAAGUAUAAAUGUCUAAAAAUGAACUUCUGGUCUUGGCUCACUCUUAAAACUUGUGUUUCAUAGCCUUCCCCAUUUCAGUUGAUAGCAGUUUCAGCCUUCUGAUUAAUCAGGCCAAAUCCUCUUGUAAUCCAUCAGGAAAUCCUUACAGUUUUACCUUCAAAACAUGUCCUCAACACCUUCACUGAUGUGCCAUCGUCAUCUUUCUCAUAGAUUAAUUCAGUAGUCUUUAAACUGUUCUCUGUGCUACCAUCCUUGAUACCUCCCCAUCUGUUCACAACACUUGAAUGAUCCUUUUAAACUUAGAUUUUAAACUAUCUCUGUCACUUUAGAAACCCAAGUUUCCCUGUCUCACUUAGAAUAAAAGCCAAAGUACUUACAGUGGCCUUAACCCCACACAACCUGGCAUUCUCAUGUAUCUCAGAUAGUCUUUGCCUUGCUCAUUUAUUUUCAGCCAUAUUAGGGCCUCCUGGCUAUUCCUUGAGCAUACCAGACACAUUCCUCCCUUAAGGGCUUUGCAGUGGCUGUUCUGUGCCUUGGAUGCUCUUUCCCCAGAUUUCCACAUAGCUAACACCUCCUUUACCUCCUUCAGGUCUCUGCUAAAUGCCACCCUUUCAAUGAGACUGUGAUCACCCUGUUUAAAAUAGUAAUCAACACCACACAUACACUGAUCUCUUUUGCUCUGCCUAACUUUUUUCCCCACCUUCUAGUAAAGAAUAAUAUUAAAAUAUUUAGACGAUAUUUAGAAAAUUGUAAACUUGUAUAUAAGAGCAUGGAGUAACUUUUAGUAAUGCUUAUUUAUAGUUACUGACCUAGAAUGAUUGUGGAGAUAAGAUAGGAGUUGGGGCUUGAAAGAGGAGUAGGACUAGCAGUGAAGAUGGAAAAGAAUACUCCAGGCAGAGACAAAGGCGUAGGAAAAUUCAUAGAGGUGAAACUAUGUAUGUUUUGUUAAGAUAUUUAACAGAUAGGUCAGUUGGCUAAAGUGUGGGGUUUUUAUGUAGAACAGUGAGAAACUGAGGUUGCACUGUGGAGGGCUUUUAAUGCCACAGGAAGCUUGAAAUUUAUUCUUCAUCUCGGGGAAACCAGUGGAAAUUUGUAAGCAGACUUUAACAAAGAGGAUAAUGUGGUAAUUUGGAUACCAGGUGAUUAAUGAAGGCCUAGUCUAGGCAGUAAGAUAGUAGAAAGAAUGCUGAGCCUUUAGCUCUGCCACGUUAGCUGUGUGGGUAAGUCACAUCUCUAGACCAGUGCUGUGCAAUAGAACUUUCUGUGGUGAAGGAAAUGUUCUAGACCUGUUCAGUCCAAUAUGGUAGCCAAUAGCAACCUAUGGUUGUAGAGCAUUUGAAAUGUGACUAGCACAACUGAGGAACUAAAAUUUAAUUUUAAUUUAAAUAGCCUCAUGGGACUAGUGGUGAUACGUCGAACCUACUAGCUCUAAAUUCAGUUUUCUCACUUACAAAAUAGGUUAGAUUAGAAUGCUAGAGUCACUAGAAGGAUAGGUUUCACAGCCACAUAAAGUUGGUGCAGCCUCUUGAGAAGAGCAAGUAAGUACAUGAGCACAGGGACCUUUACAUGACUAGUUUUUUUGUCUGUGUGAAAUAGGUCCAGAAUUUGUAGCCUUUUCACUCUUUGUAUCUUCUUGACUUACUUAAAAGACUCACUCUGUUUUUUGAUGGCUACUUUUUCAAAUUAGUCUUUGGAUUACUGUCUCCCAGGAUUUGACUAGUUAAAUAUCUGAUACAUCUAAUUUAAUAGUCUGUUUUAGAAUUGUAGUUAAACUGAUUAUGUUGCUUUUGUUUUUUUAUUUUUUAAUUUUUUUCUAUUUCAUUUUUUUCAGAGACAGGGCCUCACUGUGUCACCCAGUGUGGAAUACAGUGGUGUGAUCAUAGCUCACUGCAGCCUGGAAUUCCUGGGCUCAAGCAGCCCUGCCACCUCAGCCUCCCAAGUAGCUAGGACUACAGAACAUCCAUGAUAGCAGUCUUCUGUAAAUCGAACUUUUCAAGAAUUCUCUGAAGGAACCAAGUAGGAUAUUCUUACAUCAUGACUUAAUGUGAAUGCAAGAACAAGAAAUAGGUUUUAUCUCUAAAUAUAAUGAAGGGCUGUGUGUAAACACUGACCCUGUCUCAAUUCUAACAAGCAUUUUAGACAUGAGUUUACAUCGGCAAAUGGGUUCAGAUCGAGAUCUUCAGUCCUCUGCUUCAUCUGUGAGCUUGCCUUCAGUCAAAAAGGCACCCAAAAAAAGAAGAAUUUCAAUAGGCUCCCUGUUUCGGAGGAAAAAAGAUAACAAACGUAAAUCAAGGGAGCUAAAUGGCGGGGUGGAUGGAAUUGCAAGUAUUGAAAGUAUACAUUCUGAAAUGUGUACUGAUAAGAACUCCAUUUUCUCUACAAAUACCUCUUCUGACAAUGGAUUAACUUCCAUCAGCAAACAAAUUGGAGACUUCAUAGAGUGCCCUUUGUGCCUUUUGCGGCAUUCUAAAGACAGAUUUCCUGAUAUAAUGACUUGUCAUCACAGAUCUUGUGUGGAUUGCUUACGACAAUAUUUAAGGAUAGAAAUCUCUGAAAGCAGAGUUAAUAUUAGUUGCCCAGAAUGUACUGAACGGUUUAAUCCCCAUGAUAUUCGCUUGAUAUUAAGUGAUGAUGUCUUGAUGGAAAAAUACGAAGAAUUUAUGCUUAGACGGUGGCUUGUUGCAGAUCCUGAUUGUAGGUGGUGUCCAGCUCCAGACUGUGGAUAUGCUGUGAUAGCAUUUGGAUGUGCCAGCUGUCCAAAAUUAACUUGUGGGCGAGAGGGCUGUGGAACAGAGUUUUGCUACCACUGUAAACAGAUUUGGCACCCCAACCAGACCUGUGAUGCUGCUCGACAAGAGAGAGCCCAGAGCUUACGUUUGAGAACUAUACGUUCUUCAUCCAUUAGUUAUAGUCAAGAGUCUGGAGCAGCAGCUGAUGAUAUAAAGCCAUGUCCACGAUGUGCUGCUUAUAUAAUAAAGAUGAAUGAUGGAAGCUGCAAUCACAUGACAUGUGCUGUUUGUGGUUGUGAGUUUUGUUGGUUGUGUAUGAAAGAAAUCUCAGAUUUGCAUUAUCUAAGUCCAUCAGGAUGUACUUUUUGGGGGAAGAAACCCUGGAGCCGAAAGAAGAAAAUAUUGUGGCAACUGGGAACACUGGUUGGUGCUCCUGUCGGAAUCGCUUUAAUAGCUGGCAUUGCUAUUCCUGCAAUGAUUAUUGGCAUUCCUGUGUAUGUGGGCCGCAAGAUUCACAAUCGCUAUGAAGGCAAGGAUGUUUCAAAGCACAAACGGAAUUUGGCCAUAGCAGGUGGUGUAACGUUGUCUGUAAUCGUGUCUCCAGUAGUAGCUGCAGUGACUGUAGGUAUUGGUGUUCCUAUUAUGUUAGCUUAUGUCUAUGGCGUUGUUCCAAUUUCUCUUUGUCGAAGCGGAGGUUGUGGAGUCUCAGCAGGCAAUGGAAAAGGAGUUAGGAUUGAAUUUGAUGAUGAAAAUGAUAUAAAUGUUGGUGGAACUAACACAGCUGUAGACACAACAUCAGUAGCAGAAGCAAGACACAACCCGAGCAUAGGGGAGGGAAGUGUUGGUGGGCUGACUGGCAGUUUGAGUGCAAGUGGAAGCCACAUGGAUCGAAUAGGAGCCAUCCGAGACAACCUGAGUGAAACGGCCAGCACCAUGGCACUAGCUGGAGCCAGUAUAACGGGGAGUCUGUCAGGAAGUGCCAUGGUAAACUGUUUUAACAGGUUGGAAGUACAAGCAGAUGUACAGAAAGAACGGUACAGUCUAAGUGGAGAAUCUGGCACAGUCAGCUUGGGAACAGUUAGUGAUAAUGCCAGCACCAAAGCAAUGGCAGGAUCCAUUCUGAAUUCCUACAUCCCAUUGGACAAAGAAGGCAACAGUAUGGAGGUGCAAGUAGAUAUUGAGUCAAAGCCAUCCAAAUUCAGGCACAACAGUGGAAGCAGUAGUGUGGAUGAUGGCAGUGCCACCCGAAGUCAUGCUGGUGGUUCAUCCAGUGGCUUGCCUGAAGGUAAAUCUAGUGCCACCAAGUGGUCCAAAGAAGCAACAGCAGGGAAAAAAUCAAAAAGUGGUAAACUGAGGAAAAAGGGUAAUAUGAAGAUAAAUGAGACGAGAGAGGACAUGGAUGCACAGUUGUUAGAACAACAAAGCACGAACUCAAGUGAAUUUGAGGCUCCAUCCCUCAGUGACAGUAUGCCUUCUGUAGCAGAUUCCCACUCUAGUCAUUUUUCUGAAUUUAGUUGUUCUGACCUAGAAAGCAUGAAAACUUCUUGUAGUCAUGGUUCCAGUGAUUAUCACACCCGCUUUGCUACUGUUAACAUUCUUCCUGAGGUAGAAAAUGACCGUCUGGAAAAUUCCCCACAUCAGUGUAGCAUUUCUGUGGUUACCCAAACUGCUUCCUGUUCAGAAGUUUCACAGUUGAAUCAUAUUGCUGAAGAACAUGGUAACAGUGGAAUAAAACCUAAUGUUGAUUUAUAUUUUGGCGAUGCACUAAAAGAAACAAAUAACAACCACUCACAUCAGACAAUGGAAUUAAAAGUUGCAAUUCAGACUGAAAUUUAGGCCCAUAAAUGCUGCAGAAUAAUUACCACUGUACAACCGUGUUUGGAGCUGGUUGAACUACAUGUGACUACUUAAGUUUCAGGUUACCAGCAAAAGCCAGGUUUCAUUAUCAUAAUGCAGAUACAUUUUCUGUGUUCAGCAAGGCAUUGUGUGUCAUGUGGAUCUUAGUUACCAAACUAUGAAGUGAAGGCUUUAAAAGUGCAUUAUUUUAAGGAUAAUAAAUUUGAAGAGCAAAGCAUGUUUUGUGUGUUUGCCACAAAACAUUGCUUGAAGCACAUACUUAGAUAGAAAUUGGUCUUAAUUUAUAUAAUCAAUAUAAAAUACUAAUGCAAUUCUACAGCAUUCAAAUGAAGAAAACUUGAGGCUUUAGGGAUAAGUGGUUAGUGAUAUUUUAUUGAAACCACUAAGAGAUAAGUUUAAAAGAACUGCAUAGGUUACUCUCAGUAUACGAUACUCUGUAACAUUUCUAUUUAUAUUGGCAUAAAUUUCAUUUUUUUUCUUCUUAUGCAAUGUGGUUAUAUAAAGCUUAAUGCAGCUCAUUUGCUACCAUUUGGAUACUUAGACACUUUGAGCAAGAUUGUGGCAGUUUUUGCACAACUUUGAAGUAGAAAUACCUGGUACUCUAUCUUGUUUAUUGUUGAUGCCAUCUUAGAGGAAAAAAUGUAAAGGUAAGUAAUUAAGCAUAUGACAGCAACAAAUAAGAUACAUAAAACUACAAAAUAAAGUCCCAUUAGGUUAUAAGUAUUACAAAAAAUCCACCUUUCUCUAAGGGGAAGUUUGUACCCCAUUGAUUCUUGGUGCCUUUGGGAUCGACUGGGUUUUAAUGGCCUAGUUAUUUGAGGAUUUUGCUGUGUUGUUUUCCAUGUCUUCUCUGGUCACCUUGGAUUAUAUAUAAAAAUACAGGAAAUAGAUAAACAUGAAUGUGAUUAAUAAUGCUGAAAAAGUAUUAGCCUACCAAAGACACACUCAGGCUUUAGUGAAUAACUUUACAUAACCUCAAUUUUUAACACAUGCAUAUCUUCUCCAACCAUGAAAUCAAAGCACGGUGCAGAACUUGUACCAAGUACAAAAGGUCCAUGUAUGAUUAGCAUUAUUUUCUUUUGCUUUUGUUUAUGGACAAUGUUCAGCUGACAUAAGCAGAAGUUGGCCAAAAUACUGCCUGUACUGUUAAUUUCCUGUAUAAGUCACUUAAAAGCAGGUUAACCUCAAUGAUAGCAGUUAAAAUGUUCUAUCUUAUGUAUUUCUUUUAAGUAUUACCAUUAUGGUGCUACUGAGCGUUUUCUUUUGGUAAAAAGAAAAAUGCCAUGGGCUGCAGUCUUCUUCCAUCACUUUUCCCUACCAGGUCCAUUAAUAUGCUUAUAACACUAGUGCCAGUUGUUUUAUUUGAUAAUGCUUAUGGUAUUUGUAUAUUUGUUUGCAUUCCAAUUUUGUUUAAUAAUGAGUGUGUAAACUGCAUACGUUAAAUAAAUGUAAAUACUAAUGUA